CGGACCGCGUCGAUCUGCCCAUGCGCGCCUUCGCUGGCAACUUCUACAACAACCUGAAGUCCAUGUACGACCAUCUCAAAGUUCCAUACCACUCCCAGCCAUUCCUCUUUCAGUUCGCGGGAGCGCGGGAGGAUUUGUCGAGUGCCGGCUCCUCUUACUUCGUCCAUGCCUCCAAUCUACAUCAGCGAGCGCCUCGACCACACGCUGUCGGAAUAAUACAAUACCUCCUGGAGGUCUUGUACCUGAUACUAUGCUACGCUUGGUUUUCGCUGUGCUGCUUCCUCGCAGUACCGCAUGCAGGCGAGACGUUGCGGCAAUAUCUGCGCAGGACGCGCACACCGAAGCGCUUCGUGACCUACUACCUUCUGCCACUCAUAUCGAGCGUUACGACGUGCCCCCAUGAGACGCUACUGGAUUCCCCAGCAAGCGAUAUGGUGGACUACAAAAGAAGAACACACGGCGCGCCACACUACACCGUGUCCGCAGGCGUCAAAGCUGUCCAAGAUCGCCUUAUUCGUGGCGUCGAAUACGAGCUAGGCGCAUUUGUAAAGUCCGUAGAGCCGCAAGAAAAGGGUGUGAAGGUAUCCUGGGAGAAGAGUGGUGGGCAAAUGCAAGUCGAGUACUUUGACCGCAUCAUUCUUGCAGUCGCUCCCGAUGUUGUCGGUCGGAUAUUCGCACCUCUACGACACCAUAUGUUCCAGAUGCCCACUGCGCUUGUGGAAAGUGUCGUGCACAACGAUCGUGCAGUACUGGACGAGCAGGAUUCCGUCCGAACGGCUGCAGGGAAGCAUGGUGCGCAGAUGAUCUAUCUUCGAACAACGACCAAGGAUGCUGUACGAUCCGAGUCACAUCAUGUGCAGCGCUGUGGAGUGAUUGUCACUACCUGCCCGUACAGUCCACUUGAUCCUGCUCUUGUCAUCCAUUCGGCGAAGUUCACUCGGGUCCUGAGAAGUCCACAGAGCCAACGCAUUGUCAACGCCAUCUUCAGCGAAAGCCAACAGGAUUCUAGUGACGAUAAAUCUGUACCGAGGUGGCGGAAUGGGGAAGAUAAUGUAUGGCUAGCAGGCGGGUGGUGUUGGGAUGGCAUGGUGCUGCUCGAGGGCUGUGUCGUAUCAGCGAUGCGUGUGGCCAACGCCUUUGGUGUUGAUAUUCCCUGGCAGUAAAAACAAGCUCGAAUGUAGCAACGUGGCCCGCUGAGAUACCCAAUGUAAUAGCGAUAAACGAAUUGAGGGUCACCAAA